UUCUCUCUGAAACCACGUGCCAAACUCGUCGCAAAAAGAUGACGAUGUUUACGGUGACGUGGAAAGCCGACACUGGAAAGUAGCAUAUUUUGCGAACGAAACAGCGCGAUUUCACUUUAGAAAUGGCUGUUGAUAUCACUUUAUUAUUCAAAGCGAGUGUUAAAACAGUCAAAACACGAAACAAAGCCAUAGGAGUUGGGUUCGAUUCUACGAAAGAUGAAAUCUUUAAGAAAAGCAGACCUAAGAGUGGAUUUUCUACGAGAGCAAAGGAGGUGAUCACAAACAUCACCAAGCUGAAGGACUUUCUGCUGAAGCACAGGAGGGACUACGUCAACGCCGGCAGUCUGAUCUCAUCAGACCUCACCCGAAUGACAGACAGCGAGCGUGACCAGAUCGAUCAGGAUGCUCAGAUCUUCAUGAGAACCUGCUCCGACGCCAUCAAGCAGCUUCGAGCCGAGGCGGACAAGCAGGUCACCAGCGCUCAGGUGAAGGAGCACAGGGGAGCGGUUUUGGACCUGAUAGACGACUACCUGAAAAGCGUGUGCAAGCUCUACUCUGAGCAGAGAGCUAUUCGUGUGAAGAGGGUUGUUGACAAGAAGAGACUCUCCAGACUGGAGCCUGAACAGCACGGGGUGGUGGAGAAGAGUCCGGAGAAGGAGCAGGCCGAGGAGAAGGUGGUGAAGGAGGAGAACAGUGAGAAGGCGGUGCCAGACGUGCAGAAGACCGACGUGGGUCUAUGGGAGGACAGCCGAGUGGAGGAUGAGCUCUCCCCCGAGGAAAUCCAGAUGUUUGAACAGGAGAACCAGCGGCUGGUGAGUGAAAUGAGCAGUCUGGUGGAUGAAGUAAGGCAGAUCGAGGGGAAGGUGGUGGAGAUUUCACGGCUGCAGGAGAUAUUCGCAGAGAAAGUUUUACAGCAGGAGACCGAGAUAGACAGCAUUCACCAACUUGUGGUGGGUGCCACUGAAAACGUCAAAGAGGGCAACGAGGAUAUCAGAGAGGCUAUCAAAAACAACGCCGGGUUCCGGGUGUGGAUCCUCUUCUUCCUCGUCAUGUGUUCCUUUUCCCUCCUCUUCCUGGACUGGUAUGACGGUUAACCCGCGAGGCCGAGGGUUUCUUCGCAGGAAGUGACAUCACAGACUGACCCCAGCCCAUGUCGGGGGGGGAGACUCACAGGACGCUGCAUGCCUGCUGAAGUUCUGCCGUCACUGCUCUCUGUCGCACCUAGUAGAGACACACUGCCCCGUUGAGCAGAGCGCUGCCUUGUUUCCAGACUUUCUGGGCUUCCCUGUCCAUUUCCCUAAUGUACUCUACCUGCCCUUUAUAGCGCAGCGAAUAAAAUCUGGACAGAUUGUUUGCAAGCCAGAAUUGCUUAAGUGCAUUGGAAUUACCUGUAAUUAUGCCUAGAAGAAGAAUCUUCCUUGAUGGCCAUAUUUAAUUUAGCACAGAAUAAAAUAUUAAUAUUUUUAGUUUGACUUGUCACAUCUGUUCACGAAGUGAAAAUGUCUAGGUACUAUCGAUGAAUGCAUCCUCAUCCUUGUUAAUUUCAUAUCCUUUGGAAUUUUAACUAUCCAUCAUGGCUACAGCUGGAUUUUAUCCAUCAAAAACGAUUUAUUGGCUUACAGAGUACUGAAAAACUCCAGUAUGAAUUCGUAUUUGUAUUUGUAUGAGAACAGCACAGUUUAUUUAAUAAUUAAGUCACAUAACAAAAAGUAAAAUGCACUACGUACAGCAACUGACAUGGCAUUAAAACAUGAAUCUGUUCUGGUAAAACGACAGUGGAAUCAUUUCUAUUUUUAUUUUUAUUAUUUUUUAAUUCCCUGUUUUUGAUAUUUCAUAUAGUAGAAAUUAAUUUGUUCCUUUACAAGUGGUUCUGCUUAACAGGGGCUUGACACAGUGGUCCUCGGGUCCUCAAAUGUCUCCAUGCUAACUGGUCUGUUCAUUUCCAGGUCAGAGGUCAGGGGUGAAAUAAAUUCUUCCUUUCAGCA